UGCAGGAGGCAAAAAGGCGAGAUGGAGUUGAGAAAGAGCAAAGGAUGAAACGCGCCACUUGGAACUUGCAGAGCCUGAGGCAGACAUUUCGCUCCAAUGCAUUUCAAAUCGCGUACAUAGCAACAUAUCCACAUAUCCAAAGUCAAGUCAAAUCAUAGAAGAACAGCUUUGCACGACAGAAUCGCGAAGACAAGCACAAUGACAGAAAUCACCACUCAAGAAAUCGAAGAUGCCCUUCAAGCCCUCUCCCUCAGUUCAUCAUCAGCAACACCGAACUCCUCCGCCAUCAAAACCCUAUCAACAGCAAGCAAAACCUCCGAAUCCACACGACAAGCCCUCAACAACCCCUCCAUCAUCCGCAACAUCAUCGAAACAAUACAAGUCUCCCUUACCACCGACCUCGAAACAACAGAUCAAGCCCUGCGUCUUCUAGCAAACGCUUGCGUUUCCUCAUCAACUGCAGACUCACAACCCGGACCAAGAGACCACAUUACCGCAAUAGGCUUCUCCUGGGCAGUCCAGUGUCUCUCACCACAAAUUUCAUCAGACAGAGAUAUCAGAAUUCUGGCGACGAAAGUUUUGCGAAAUAUUUGUUCGGAACAUGAAAGUUCGCAGAAGAAAUGUUAUGAGGAGAAAGUGCAUUUUGCUUUAGUCAGGUUUUUGCAGCAUGUUUUGAUCGCCAGAGGGCAGAAACAAGAUGAUGGUUCAGAAGACGUAGAUGCGGGUGUUGAUGUUUUGUUCACGAUUAUGGGGCAAAAGAGCACGCUGGAGCCGAAAUUGAGUGAGCAGCUGCCGAAGGAUGUUUUGGAGGGUGUUCUGAGUUUGUCUGAUUUGUGGACUGGGGAGGGCGAGGAUGAUGAUGUGGAGAGUUUUGCUACGGUUGCGGAGACGGAAUUGGUGUUUCUGCGGGAUGAGGUGGUACAGACACAGGUUGUUGAGGAGAAGCAAUUCGAAAAGGUAUGGGAGCUUUUGGAGAAGAUUGAGAAGGUAAUAGGGAAGUUGAAGAGAGCAGGAUCAAGAGUCACUGAGGUUGGAAGCGGCGAUGAGCGGCCUCUGCCACCUUACUGCCAGAGUGGAGAUCUGGAAGAAGACUUGAAGCUCCUGGUGCCUUUACAGGCAAGCCUGGUAUGGUGUCUAUCGGACACUGCUGCGAAUCCGGCUUUCUCGGCAACAUAUGCUUGGGAUGGAGAACAAAUGCAAGUCUUGUUUCAUGUCAUUCAAGCAGCUGCGGACAAUGCGAGAGGUCAGAGACGGCAGAUAUAUCCACCAGAAUACGCUGGCACGUCUGCUGCUGGGCAAAAGUUCAACGCUGCAUGCCAGGUGCUCGGGAACUUGCUAUGGGCUCAGAAGGAGCCUCAGCAGUAUGCGCGACUCGUGGCUGACGAGGAGGUACAUACGGACUUGAUCGAUAUUGUUGCACUUGGCGGCUACGAUGCUGCGUUCCCAGAUACACUGCACUCAAUAGCAGGUUUGCUGAUCCAGCUGUCAAGGCCAUCAGUGGAUGCAAGGGAGGCAAUUGGGAGCUAUGGACCGGCGUCAGAUGCGAUAGAGAGGCUGUGUCGGCAUGAGAGACCUGAGAUAAAGCAAGGUGGCAUCAAGCUGGUGAAAGCCCUCGGAAGAGACUGUCAUGCCAACCAGCGGCGCUUCGCAGAUCUUGCAGGAGUAGCAAUGGCUGGGUUGCAACCUUCGUCCGGAGACCACAGCGGAGACACAGAUUCCGUUAUGGCAACUGAUGGGCCGAGUUGAGCUGAAUGGAUAGUCUUCGUCGAUGGCAGAAUCUUCAUCACCCAACUUUUCCAGCGAACUUUCUUCUUGUCCAAACAUCGCCGUUUUCCAGAUACUCUGCUCGCGUGACAAUCAGAUUCUUCAUCAGGUCUUCGUUCUGCGCCAUUCUCGCACCACCUAGCCACGCGUUUUUCAGGGGAUCCUCAGCCUUCGCGACUCUCAAUUCGUACCCAUCAUCCAGCUUCAUCCUCAAUUCAUUCUCCAGCCUUUCGGCAAAGCCCGGCAGAAGACUCGUGCCUCCGACUGCCACUACAUUCGCCAAGAACGCCUG